GAACGUUCCGGAAACCUCAGCGGCGGCGAGCGAGUCUGAUGCGAGUGCUGAGCAAAGACAUGCGUCUCCAGGACGUCACCCUCAUGUAUCUGACCCUGCUGGCCACGCUGCUGGUCAUCCUGGUGGCCUCGUACCAGACGUCCGGCAAGCAGUCCGCACGGGGCCCCCCGCUGGCCUACCGCGUGCCCCUGGACCCCGCCGGCCGGCUGGAGCUGUCCUGGAACGUGAGCUACGCGCGGCAGGAGGUGCACAUGGAGCUGUUGGCCAGGGAGCUGCGCCACGGCAUCCUGCUGGGCAUGUCGGACCACGGGGAGCUGACCAACGCUGACCUGGUGCUGCUCUGGGACAACGGGACCACGUCCUUCUUUGGGGAUGCCUGGAGUGACAGUCAGGGAGUAGUGACCUUGGACAGACAGCAGGACUAUCAGCUCCUGGCGGCCCACCACACACCUGAGGGCUUCUACCUGCUCUUCAAGCGGCCCUUCAGCACCUGCGACCCGCACGACUUCCUCUUCGAGGAGGGCACGGUGCACCUGAUCUACGCCACGCUGGAUCGGCCAAUCAGCUCGCUGGCGCAGCUCAACCUGUCCCUGCUGCAGACGGGCGUGCAGAGGGUGCUGCUCCUGCGGCCCGACACCCCCUCGCCACCGCUGCUCCCCCACCAGCCCCAACUGGACGUGCUGGCGCCAAACGUCACCAUCCCCGGCCAGGAGACCACCUACUGGUGCCACAUGUUCGAGCUGCCCCGGGACAUGUCCAAGAACCACAUCGUCAUGUACGAGGCGGUGGUCACCCCGGGCAACGAGGCGAUCGUGCACCACAUGGAGGUGUUCGAGUGCUCCCCGGAGACGGACCGCAUGCCGGCCUACAGCGGCCCCUGCGACUCCAAGAUGGGGCCGCCCGAGCUCAACCUCUGCAGACACGUCCUCGCCGCCUGGGCGCUCGGAGCCGAGCCAUUCUACUACCCCGCUGAUGCUGGCAUGCCCUUUGGAGGCCCAGGCUCAUCCAGGUUUCUGCGUCUGGAGGUGCACUAUCACAACCCUCUCCUCAUCUCAGAUCGGCGUGACUCCUCUGGUAUCCGUCUCCACUACACUCCGAGGUUGCGGUUCUAUGACGCCGGCAUCAUGGAGCUGGGCCUGGUCUACACACCCAUCAUGGCCGUCCCCCCACGCCAGAGCUCCUUCCUGCUCACCGGCUACUGCACAGACAAGUGCACACAGACGGCGCUGCCUCCAGGGGGGAUCUUCAUCUUCGCGUCCCAGCUGCACACACACCUGGCGGGGCGCGCCGUGCGGACGGUCCUGGUGCGCGGAGGCCGGGAGGUGGAGAUGGUGCAGGAGGACAAACACUUCAGCACACACUACCAGACAAUCCGGAUAUUGGAGAAGAUGGUGAAUGUUUUGCCGGGUGAUGUGCUCAUUACAAAAUGCACGUACAACACAGAGGACAGAACCAAGCCUACAGUGGGUGGCUUUGGCAUCAUGGAGGAGAUGUGUGUGAACUACAUCCACUACUACCCACGCACCCAGCUGGAGCUGUGCAAGAGCCAUGUGGACCCCGGCUACCUGCAGAAGUACUUCCGCUUCAUCAACAGUAUCCAUGGGGAUGAGACGUGCAGCUGUUGUCAGCCUGACGUGACGCAGCAGUACAACUCGCUCCGGUGGGACGCCUUCAGCGCCGAGGUGCUGACCUCCAUCUACACACACUCCCCCAUCGCCAUGCACUGCAACCAGUCCAGCGCCAAGCUGUUCCCUGGUGAUUGGGAGAGACAGGAGCUCCCCCAGGUGACCAGCCAGCUCCAGAGGCCACGGUACCCCUGUGAGGACGGGGGACGGCCCUUCACACCCGCCUCUGGCACCCCCACGGAGGUGAGAACUGACAAGCUGUAAUGCCCAGGAGCAGGAGCCCUUUCCUGGGGUCCACAUGUACACCCCCCCUCCUCCCCUGCUCCUCUGGAGGGUCUAUGUCUGCCGGAGACCAAGCCCUAAUAGGGAAUAUAACCUUGAGGUGGUAAAAUACUGUAUGUCUGAAACAGUCAAGAGUUUGUCCAAAUUUCAAAAUUCUUUGGAUAGUGUGAAUAAACUGUGGUAUUGCUGUGUAUUGAUUCUUUUCUAUGCUAGCAUGUCUAAUAGUAAUGCUAUGUGCCCACUUGUAGUCGUAGGCUCGAUUUAACCGUGUGAUUUUAUGAGGAACAUAGUGAGGAUAAGAGAUGUGCAUAGAACAUAAAAUCUUUAUUUCCAAAAGAGCACAGAGGUUUGAUGACACUGUACUCUGUCAGGACAGAACUACUGCAUUCAAAUGUCACUCAAAGCAUUAGCGGCUAGCAUUAGCAUUUCUACUCGGCCUUGCAUAAAAUACAGUAGGACGGCUGGCAUAGAUUGAUAUAAAAUCAGUUCUCUUUGUGAUUAAAAAGGGCAUGACUCCAAGGUCCUGCAUGCACAGCUUUACACUAUUCAUCUCUAACCUUGCCAGAUACAAACACGAUAUCGAGCGAGGGAAUAUCCCAUAAUAAUGCUUUGCUGUUGCUUUAGCAACUAUCCCUCAGGAACUAUCUGCAGAUCGGCAGAACAAAAAACUUUCACAUUCACUUUCAUUCAGCUUUAAAAGACUUUGUAGUGGAUUAUAACUGGUGGUGUUGUCAUUGUGUGAGAAAUCAAGUUGUUACUUAUGUAUGUAUGUACAAUUGUAGAUUAGCUAGCUCAUCUGUUUAAAAACACUGACCAUAGUACAAUUUUACAUUCGUCAGUAAAUCAUCAUUUCAGAAAUCUAAUGUUGGUUCCACAGGAGUCUGUUUUAAAAAUGCCAAGAAGAAAAAAUAAACUGCACCAAAUAAAUGAGAUUUCACUAAAAUCUACCACAUGAUUGUGUACAGUACAUGGUAUCUGGACAGCACAACAAUCAGCACCACAGUCCUCUGACCCACCUGCGGCUACAGCAGCUGUUGUUUAAUACUCGGACUGGUGAUUAAAAGGUACAUUAUUUUUUUUUGGAAAACACAAAUAUUUCUUUACAAAAUCACUUAAAUUCUUUGCUUUUU